UUUACUGACGUCAUAUUUAGAGGUUUUGUGUUUAGCGUUGCCAUAUUUUUGUUUUGUUUUGAGGUGUCAAUCAACAUUUGAAUUAAAUGUCAGUUAAUUAUAUAUAACGUAUAUGGAAUUUUGAUUUCAGAAUUUCUCCAUCACAUCUGUUUUUUGAGAUAUCAUGGUUUUAUUGGUAUAUUUAAAAUAUUUUAACAGCAUCUGAUAUGUCAUUUGAAAGUUCAUUAUGUCAACGGAUUAACAUCUGUUAUAUACUGGCAUUUGACAACAUUUUUCCUUUAUUUUACAACGAACUGCUUAAGUUGUUUAAAAAUAUGUUGUAUUUGCUAAGAUCGAGCUGUUUUAAGCUCUAGGUUAAGAUAUUUCAAACAAACUUUAUUUUAAAGUUGACCAUGUCAGUAAAUUCCACUGUUGUAUGGUGCACUUUGUCUGGUGGAAAUCCUUACGAUUGGAGAUUUGUGAGAAUCCAUCGCGCAUCAGCGCUAAUGAUAACAGGGUCCCUUCGUACUACUACAUCAAAGUCUCUUUUUGUCAUGAUGAAUUGGUUACCUAUUGAUCUAAUAGCUCAAGAGGUUGCCCUCAACUCGGUCAGGCCACCUUACCAUUAUCAGCUAUUUGGGAGAAAUUCCAGAUUACUGCAUAUUCACAAGUCUUGAUGGUGGUUUCUGUAUAGAAUAUACUGGGGCGGGAGUUUUUUUCGAUCUUCCUGACCAAUAAAGCGUACUUCAGGUUGAAUUAUCAUUCAGACCAACCUAAAGGUUAUAAGUAGUGUUUAUACUACAUCGCACUUGUUUCUAGAAAGCCGGAGCUCCCUAAAUGCGGUAGGACUUUACUGGAUUCCAGGUCAUCAACAGAUACCUGACAACACCACUACGGGCACUCUCGCAAACGUCAGCUCCUCACUAGCAGAGCACAUCGACUUUCUCGGCAUAACGCUUUCAUGCUGCAAACGCUCGAUUCAUGAUAAACUCCACAAGCUUGCGCACGAUUGUCGAUAGAGGCUACCUAUAGAUAUAGAUCAUGUGGCCGAUCUUUUAUAUCUAUAGAAGUCCUACUUUAGUUUCCGAGCGCAAAUCUACAGAACUUAACUGCAGUGAUGACUGACCAUUGGCUUUUCGGGCUCAAUGCUAGAAAACUGAACCUACCCAGUAAUGACUUCUGCAGGAGCUGCCAAGAUGAAGGGGAAGAAGAGUGUAUCAUUAAUUUCAUCUGUUAAUGUGAAACAAAAGUUCUAGUCCAAAUUUAGUAAAUACUAUUCCAAGCUUUUCAUUAAACAAAGUAAAACUUUCUCUAAAAUAAUUUAGAUAAGGAAGAAGAAAGUAAAACUUUUUUAAUUUGUUUUGUUUAAAAAUGUUUCAACAAAGAAAUUUAAAGUGUAAUUUUGUAAAGUAUAGAUUUUGCAAUUAUGGUCAUAACUGCCAUUUGUAGCGACAUUUGAUUAUUUUCUAUAUAUUUGAUUUAGUUUUGUUUAUUUAUCAAACAGUUGAGAAGUGUUUUAUAGUAAUUGUUUUCUGUAUAAAUAGAGGCUCGUCUGAAUAGAAUUGUUUCAGUCGAAUGUGUUGACUUAAAUUAAAAACAAUUGGAAACUUUUCCUAUCCAGUUAAAGACGAGUUGUCGUGAAUGAGUGAGUCAGUCGUCAGCUCUCUUGUGUGUAUAAACGAGUUGAAAAUAAACGGUGUCACAAAAUGAAAUGAUCACUAGGACCACUUGGACAGUUAAAGCUACAGAAAAACAAACUAUUAUCAAGUCAAUAAACUAAACUAAAUUAAACUAAAGACAAAAAACAAUUUUUAAAUUGAAUUAAAUCAAGUGUAGUGUUUACAAUUAUUCGGAUUAAAAAAAAAUUAAAGUAAAAAUAAAAACAAACAAAAAAAAAGAAACUAAAUUUGAAAUGUUUAAUAAAUUUAUAAUGAAAAAUGUAAUAAUCAUUUUGAUUUCCAUUACAAUUACACAUAUGGGCAAAUGUUCGAGCGAUGAAUUAAAUGGUGAUUAUACAUAUUGGGAAUUGAGUGGAGAAACGAAAUCGAAUGAACAAGAUACUUCAAAAUUACGAAUGUGGUUAACGAUAAGUGCUCAGAAGCGUUAUUUAGAAAUAUCUUGGAAAAAUGCCCCUGCACAUGAAGAUGAUCGUAUAAUUUUGACUUCCGAAGAGCCGGUUAGUUUUCAAAAACUCAAAUGGAUUCCAACAGAGCAACCGCCCAUGGCAGAAUUUAAAACAACAGAAUCGAACAAUAUAGAAAUGCAGGAGGGCAGUGGAGAUGGUUUUAAUCAAAAUCCUAUCACUACCACUACAACCACCGAGUCACCCUAUAAAGCCAAAGAUAUUCACUAUUGGAUAUCGAAUAACGGUACUAAUCCCAUAGUAGCAGCUUUAGUACCUAGCGCCCCCUCAUUGUGGUUUACUACCGGUGUUCCUUUCGACUAUAACCUCUCACGGAAUGUAACCUAUGAGACCACCUCGUAUGGUUAUUGGGCCUCAUAUGUACGUGGCAGUGAUGGUGCUAUAUUGGCUUCUACCAGUCUACGCGCCUAUCCCAAAUGGAUGAAUGAAAUGCGUUCUAUUGUGGGCGGUUUACGUUUUCGUGAUCUCUUUAUACCCGGCAGUCAUGAUUCCGGUUCAUAUCGUGUAAAUUUUGAUCCUUUAGCCAAAGAAACUUUAGUUACCAAAUAUUCUCUAACACAAGAUGAUGAUAUAUUGGGCCAGUUAAUGCAUGGUAUACGUUAUUUGGAUAUACGUGUGGGUUAUUAUCGUAAUACUCCUGAAUUGUUUUUUAUUAAUCACGGCAUAACGAGACAGAGACCCUUAAUUGAUGUGAUUGAUGAAGUAAAGGAGUUUGUGGAGAAAACAAAUGAAAUUGUUAUAUUUGGUUUAAAGGAAUUUCCAAUAGGUUUUGGCAAAAAUUUAACGGUUCAUCAUAAACUGGUUAGUUUUUUGAAAAAUCAUUUUGGAGACUUAAUAGUACAUCCCUCGAUCACAUGGCGAGGAUCAUUGAAUGAUAUUUGGUUGCGUAAACAAAAUGUUAUACUGGCCUACGAUCUAUAUUCCGUGGUUAAUAUAUAUCCCCAUUUACUAUUUGGCUCCGUAGAACAGAGAUGGGGUAAUGUGCAGACUUGGUCAAAUUUGGAGCGUUACUUAAGGACCAUAAAUGGUCAAGAUAUAUCUCGCCUCUCCAGCCGUCCUGUAGCCGAUAUGGCAGAACUAACACCCAAAACAUGGGAUGUUAUAGUCAAUAAAUAUGGUGGUUUACGUAAGAUGGCCGAUCGUAUUAACUGGCGUGUCUCACAAUUGUACAUGAAUGAAUUGGGCGAUAAUGCCAACAUAGUAGCGGUGGAUUUUUAUCGUGGCACCACAAUUGUGGAAACAGCUUUAGAUUAUAAUAGAAGAAAAGUUAUAUUUUAGUUAGUGAAAGUAAAUGAAAUUAUUGCAUUUAUAAACAUAUGCCACAAAUUGUUUUAAAACAAAAUUUUAUUAUAUUUUUUAUUUUAAUUAGAAUUUAUAAAUGUAAAUAUGUAUUAUGGAAUUCAAAUGCACAACCUUUUUUAAAAUAAGAAUUUA